AAGCAGUUGACGACACUCCGGAACAAGGAGCCGGAAUUUUAUUGAAGAAACCACUUAUGCAGUGCAAAAGUUGUAUCGCAGUGGUAUGGAUUGCAUCACAUUCACAACUUUAAGUAUCUCAUAUUAUUUUGCUAAGAGAUGGCGAUGAGACACUUGUCUCGACGCAAGCCUGCAAUUCAUACGAGUGCGAUGCUUUUGCACUGGAUACUCUCAAUUUAGUCCAUUGAUAUUCUUGAAGCGUAGUCUCAUUUUUUCACACACAGCGCAGCAUCUCAAUUCUUGUGGGUGUCACUUCCCACUUUUUGCCUCCCACUUGUUGCCUUAACAAAGAAGAACAAAUAACAAUAUACCUUUUAGCGAAUCUAGCGACAAUUAGAAUUAUACUUUUUAGUUUACGUUAUUCUCACCACUGUAGCUGCUUGCGGGUGGGUCUGCGUGCUCCUGCUGGUGCAGAUACUUAUCUGCCACUGCAUCUUCAAGCAGCCGCGGCCCCAGUAUUUUUUACAGAGACUGUUCCUCGACGAUAAGAAUGCAGGAACCCCUUGCAGUUCUCUCCUAUGAUCUCUAGGAGCAGGCAUCGCAACGGACUUCAAUCAGACAGCAGCUGACAAUGUAAAAAUGAAAAUCCAAAUCAACAAGAUAUAUACUUGUGUUUUUGUAUGAUUUGAUUUUGACGCAACAUCAAAUUUAAAUUUUGGAGAACACCCCCACGGGGUGGUAGUACAACCAAGCAAAGGAUACUAUGGAACUUGUACUUCUCACGGAGAGUCCGAGUAGUGGUCAAGUAGAAGUACACUCGUCACAACAUCAGCUUUAUCGAACAAAAAUCGACCUACGAUUGUAUGCACAGUAGAUCACCUCUUCCGGCGGGCGAAAAAAAGUAUGACGUUAGGAUGGAAAUGGGUGGGAUUAUCGCAACAAGGGAAUUAAGUAUGAUUAACGAAUGUGCCUCCCUGUUUGAAAAAAAAAGUGUUACCGCUGUAGCGCUAUCUGUGCAGCAGACGUGAAUGGCAGAAAUAGUGGUAUCACGGUAGGGCACUGGAACAAGAAAAGGCCGCGGUGAAGAAGUUGAGGUGAGGAAUCCAGCAGGGCUUCUAAAGAACAUCGAGGUAGACCAAAUUCUUAUAUCCAGGUAUCACGACUAAGUACGCGUAUGAAGAAGCUGUGCUGAAGGUUAGUGCUUCAUUCUAAAAGAUCGGGAUAUAAUUAAAUACAAGUGUCAUCGGAGUCGGACAGUAACGGUAUGUUAAUGUUGUUUACGCAGUACUGUUUUGUCUCGCCCUCGUCGCCUGCAGUUUUGCAAGUAGCCGGGGGCAGAUGAGAUGAUCGCAGAUGCUAGUAUGAAGAGCGACAGCAUUAUAAUAUUUGUUCCGAGCUGGAGCUGCACUUCUAGGUCGCCUAGCGGACUAUCAACGAAUAUAAUUACGAGCAACAUUCCAAGGGCUAGGACCGGCCGCACGCAUUAUAAUCGAUGCGAUUCAUUUUUCGAUAAGGCUAAGAGCACGACGGGAAAUGAUCCUUUGAGUAUUACGAAGGUUGUAACUACUAGGCUUUCUGUUUCGCGGCGUUUCGAAUUACAGAAUAAUUUUCAUUUCGCCAGUUGCUUGUAUGAUGCGAUGCCAGUCGUGCCGUUUGUUACUAGGACGCAGAAUAGCAAAUAA